AUGUCCUCCCAUCACCACCAUCACCAACCGUACACCCCACUCCAGCAAGACCGACAAGCACGCAACCGACCCGCACAUAUCCACAGCGCGGCACCUCAUCGCGGCGGUGGUGGCGGCGGCGGCACAAGCAGCAGCAUGAGGCAACAACAACAACAGCGCGCGGCGCUGGCGCGUGAUGAGACGUUCGAGGAGCGCGAGCGGCGGUACAACGCGGCGCGGAUACUGGAAAGCAACGAGAUGCUGAUCUGGCACUCGGUCGCGCGGAAUGAGUCUCUGCCGCAGACUCGCCUUCACUUCGAAAAAAUUGUCGCCGGCUUCGAUAGCGACGACUCGGAAGCUGAAUGGGAAGACGCCACGCCGCCUCCGCCGCCGCAACAGCAACAACAGACGUCUGGCUCGCGUUCAGGGAGCGGUAGCAAUAAGAGGGACAGGGAUAGCAACAGUCCUGCAUCGCGGAAGAGCAGGUCGGGCACACCAGCAUGA